AUGUCUGCUACAAGUGAAAACACAAGGUCUCCGGUCAAUUCGACCCAGAAGAUACCCAAUGUGAAUAUCGAUGAGGAUCCAGAGUUUACGCCGCAAGAACAGCGAAAGAUCAUCCACCGAGUGGAUCGCCGACUCAUCGUUAUACUUGGGGUCUUGCACACGGUCUCUUUGAUUGACCGAGGUAACAUCGGCGGAGCAGCAGUAGCUGGUAUGAAUGAGGAAUUAAAGCUGGUUGGCACUCAAUAUCUAUGCGCGGGGUUUGUGACGCAUUGGUCUCAAAUGGUUGGGAUCCGGAUUAUAAUCGGUGCAUUGGAGGCAGGAUUCUUCCCAGCGACGUUAUACCUUAUCUCGACCUGGUAUACCCGAUUUGACAUCCACAAACGAUUCGCUAUAUUCUACCUCUUGGGAUGUGUCGCAGCAGCUUUUACCGGAUUGUUAUCGUUCGGCAUUACGCAUAUGCGUGGUCUAGGAGGCCUCUCCGCCUGGCGUUGGAUCUUCGUCAUCCAAGGUCUCCUCACCUGCGUUCUAGCCGCGAUUAGCUACUUCGUCCUUGUCGACUUCCCCGACCGCAUGGCAGAGAGCAAACGCAAAUUCAUGAAGAAGAAUGAGUACGCCUUGAUCCUUCGUCGGAUCGAGAAAGACCGCGCAGACGUCACCGUCGAACCAUUCAACUUAAGAAAAUAUUUGACCGCUGGCUUGGACCUGAAUAUAUUGGGUUUCGGGCUGAUUUACUUUUCGACUACCACGACAGCAUACGCUAUCACGUUUUUCCUGCCUCUCAUAUAUCGCGAGGGAAUGGGGUUCUCGCAGGGGGCAUCGCUAUGCUUGUUUGCCCCGCCGUAUGCAGCGGCGGGGAUUCUGAUGUAUGCGACUUCAUGGAUAGGGGAUAAAUAUCGCAUUCGCGGGCCGAUUAUUAUUUUCAAUGGGCUGUUGACCUUGGCCGGUCUUCCGUUGAUGGUAAGUAAUGUCGCCUUCAUCCGUCUAUCUACUAUUUCUAAAGAGACACGACUAGGGGUUCGCGAAAAGCAACGCUGCCCGGCUGGUAGGCUGUUUUCUCAUCACUAUGGGCGCUAACUCCAACGUCCCAGCUGCCAUGGCAUACCAGGCAAAUAACGUCCGCGGGCAAUGGAAACGAGCCAUCUGCAGCGCCGUCUUCGUCGGCCUGGGUGCGUCCGGCGGCAUGACGGGAUCACUUGUCUAUCGGUCCCAAGACGCGCCAGAUUACCACCCCGGGAUCCUGACCUGUGUCGGACUAACUGCUAUGAGUAUCGUGCUGGUGAUUCUUCUAACUAUUCGUCUUCAUUGGUGUAAUCGGAAGGUUGAUCGGGGAGAAUUGGUGAUUGGGGGUUUGCCGGGGUUCAAGUAUACGUUGUAAUUGGGCCACACAAGUGUCAUAAUGUAGAGGCAAAUAUGGCCAGUAGGGUGGGUAUGGAUGGAGAGGAUAUGCUUGGGAUAAAAAGAAUGUAUUAGGUUUCUACAGUCGAGACUGAAAUAAUAUAUCCGUAAAAUGGAGGCCGUCCUCAUACGAUUGUCUCGGAAUCUUCUUCAGAAGCCAGUAGCCGAGGAGUCAAUUGACAAAUUUGCUUUCGAC